UUGAAUGUAACGUAAAUCGAACUACCGCACCAAUUCCAUCGUUCCGUGCGUCUAAAUAUUCGAUUUGCGCAUCAGCGCGGGCGAAAAGUCGUGUCAAACACAAAAGCGCUUGUAUUAACGUAAAUCUGUGCGAUAUAAUUUUUGAAGAGUCAUCGUGUAGAGAGUAAUACGUUUUAACGAAAUAUUCAACCACUGUGCCUACAGAUGCAAACUUCAGAGUGUCGAAAUCGGGGAAAAAAAAACUUUAUUUUAAGUUAGGUGAAAAGAUUAACGACUCGGCGAAUUUAGGUUAGGUUAUUCGGCCACCUUCCAGUGCAUUGAAGUCGUUAUUGUAAAUAAAAAUGAAUUAUACAUUUGGCGCUCAGAAUCCGAAUACCCAGGCUGGGUUCACCCCAGGAACUACUGCCCCGCCUGUCACAGGAGGAGCACAACCAGUCACCUUUGGAACAUCAGCAGUAGGCGCCGGCGAUGCCAACAAGCAGGGGACACUGGGUCUGGCUCAGCCAGGAGGACACCCCUUGUCGAAAUCUAUUGGCCAGGCAUUUAGUACCAGUUUUGGAACAGCAACAUUUGGAGCCUCUCCUGCGACAGCUCCAGCAUUCGGUACACCGUCCUCUGGAACAACUGGGUUUGCAAGAUCAGGGUCAGGAUUAAUGGGCCUUGCAACUCCGCAGCAGCAAGCAAUAACGGCCAGCAGUCUCCCUGCAGCAAACACAGCGGCUCCAGCUGGGGCUCUGACCUAUGGAACACCGAUCAGUGCAGCAACAACGACUAAUGCAUCAGUAGGUUUCCGUACUACGACUCUUCCGAAUACAAGCUCAGGUCUUGGCACCCUAGCGAUGCCUUCGUCUACGCCUGGCUUAAGCUUUGGUGCAAAACCUAUGACGACCUCUGCUCUUACUUUCAACUUGGCAUCGACUGCUGCCACAUCUGGCCAACCACCAGCCAGCAACAUAAGCUUUGGUGUUCCAAAAACAGUUGCUACUACCACCAUUGCUCGCCCGGCAGGUCAGAGCUUCACAGUACCUGCUGCAUCUACACCAGCAUCAGGAUUCACAACCGGAGUUGGCACUACUCCAGCUGCGACAAGCGCUACAGGCUUCAGUCUCUUUAACACUCCGCAAAUUGCCCCAAGUACCGCAGUGGCUCCCACUGCUACCGCUACGCCAACGGCAAGCGCUGCCAGUGGAUUUAAUCUACCUGGCUCGCAGACGCAAGCAGCUAAAACAACUGGAACUAGCCUUGGCCUCGGUAGUAUGGCAACUAUUGCACCUGCUACGGCUGCAACUGGAUUUUCCACAGGAACUCCAGCAUCCUCGGGUAUCUUCACGCUCGGUAGUAUGCCCUCUGUUACGGCUGCAGCCAGUUUCAAUUCGGGUGGUACAACAACGGUUGCGAGCACUCCAGGAUUCACUCUAGCAAAGAGUACAGAUCCUGCCGCUUCGACUGCGGCACCUACCAGCGCACCACAAACAUCUUUGGAGACCACGACCAAUGUUACAGCCUCGACGGCUGCAACAAGUCAACCAGGUGGAUUAAAUUUCUGUCAAUUGGAAGAAUCGAUAAAUAAAUGGACACUGGAACUAGAGGAGCAGGAAAAAGCGUUUGUAAAUCAGGCAACGCAAGUCAAUGCCUGGGACAGACUUCUCAUUGCUAAUGGAGAAAAAAUUGUUACCCUAAAUCAAGAAGUUGAAAGGGUUAAACUAGAACAGGAACAAUUAGAGCACGAGCUGGAUUAUGUGGUUGGUCAACAAAGAGAAUUACAGGACUGUCUCGUUCCACUGGAAAAAGAAUUGGCAACAGUAUCCGCCUCAGAUCCGGAGAGAGAAUACACUUAUCGUCUUGCAGAAAAUUUGGAUACCCAAUUGAAGCAGAUGUCCGAAGAUUUAAAAGAAAUAAUUGAGCACCUUAACGAAGCGAAUAGAUCUCAAGAUUCAAGUGACCCGAUUGUCCAGAUUGGUAAAAUACUGAAUGCACAUAUGAACAGUUUGCAAUGGCUCGAUCAACGUACGUCAGUUUUGCAAACAAAGAUACAGCAGAUUGAUCAAAUGCAUCAAAACUUUAGACAGGAACAUGAGCGAAGCUUCAAUUUGGCUUACAAUUAACACCUCUGUCGCCAUUGAACAAGUGACUACUUUCAUAGGACCUUGGAUGAAUUGCAAACUUGACCGUCAACGAUUUCAUCUUUCAGCGAAUUCAGAUAUGCCAGUUGAACAUCUUAUUCGGUGGGUACUCUAAUUCCAACUACACAAUUCAAUUUUUUAAUCUGUAUUAAGAAUACAAUUUGAGUGGAAUAUUGACAUGACCGAAUAUCUGCUGUACUUCCAAAUAUUGUAUGAAUUUUGUUUUGUUUUCAAAGAGUAAAAUAUGCACUCCAACCAAUCUCAGAAAGAUUGAUAUUCAUUAUUACUGCAAGUCCAUCGUUGGAGGACUGUCUUGGUCUACAUAUACAUAAUGAGAUAAUUGUUUGAAGUAUAUGGCGAUCAGCAAUCUGAAUCGAUUAAUUUCCGGUGUUGCACAAAUACGUAAUUUUAUAAAAU